AUGGCCGACUUCAAGCCGGACGAGUCCAACCAUUCUGGCAGCGUCAACGGUACAUCGAGGUCGCCAACUCCGCGUGGGAAACGCAAGAGAUAUACGACCGUGGCCUGUGAUGAAUGCAAGAAGCGUAAAGGGAAAUGCGACAGUCAAAUCCCAUGCCAAUAUUGCCGCGACAAGGCUGUCAUCUGCUCUUAUAGCUCGAGACUAGCCACCGCGUCCUUGCAGAAGGAAAGGGAUUUCGAUGGCUUGAAUGAGAAGAUCGAGAGAAUGCAAGCCCAGAUUGAUCGCCUCGUUGCAGACGGACUCUUGGCCUCUUCAUUAACCAAGCAACCAUCAACCAUUUCAACGCCGGCCUCCUUCCCAUCCUCACCAGGCUUGAAUAUCACCCACUUGCACCACCAGUCGGACAACAAUGGACUUUUGAGGAUCUCAUCUACCACGUCACGUGCGGGACAGCCCGAGUUCCUUGGGCCGACCAGCUCAUCAUUCCUCUUCCGAAUGGCGACGACUUCUCUGGCCAACGCCGGAAUACAUACCCCACGGUAUGAAGGACUCCAGUUGGGACCUCUCUCGGCGUCGACCAAGGUCAGAUACCAGGCCGCGAGUUCUGUCAAUCGUGACAUCGAAAACCCCCUGUGCACCAUCUCUCGAAAUGAAGCGCUGCGACUGCUGGAUUUCUACUAUGACGAGUAUGGCCUUAUCUAUCCAUUCAUUGACAAGAUAAUUCUAUACCGCGCGGCUCAAUACUUUUACGAUUGCAUCGACAUGGCAUCCCCCUCGUCUACCAAAACAUAUCCCAAGGACGAAAAUACCCUUACCGAUGGCAUCUGGGACAUUCUGAAGCUAGCUAUCGCCAUUGCUGCAGCCAUAGAGAAUCAUGGCCCCAAUGCACUGAGUGCAAAACUUCUCAGGAGCGUCGAAUCCGGCUUUGACACUCGCUUCUUGGGCAAGAAUGUGGAUCUUCUGGAGAUACAGGCCUGGACUGCCAUCAGCAUCCUGCAGUUUCAUUUGGACGAAGAGGUCCUCGCGUGGAGAACGAUUGGUCUUGCCGGUAGGGCCGCGAUCGAACAAGGCUUACACCGACGUGAGACCUAUCCGGUGCGAUUCUCCAACGAUGAGCAACGCUUACGAGCCAGUCAGCUCUUCUGGUCUAUAUACAUACUUGAUAGACGAUGGAGCUUCGGCACUGGCCGUUCGUUCGCCAUUCCCGAGUGUGAUGUCGACUUGGAUGUUCCAACAUUGGGCAGCACAGGAUCAUACCUCCUCUCGGCCAUGGUCGCAUAUGCACAACUGGAGACGAGAGUAUGGAAAGUGACCACCAAGACCACAGCUAAAGCCACUCCAGAAAAGUUGUCUUUCCUUUACUUCCGCGUCCAGCAGUGGUAUCGAGGUAUUAAGCCCCAAUAUCAACUGCAACCGACUGAGGAGAAUAUGCUGCAGGGUCGCACCCCAAGCGAGAACAAGAUCCGUUUAUCGCUGUACUUGAGCGUCAACCAGCUCCAGCUCUUCAUAUUCCGCCACGAACUUCUGAAUUCCCAUACGAUUGACGAGGACCUGCCAAAUGCUAGGCUCGCUGUUGAAGCGGCAAAGGAUAAUAUUCGACUGCUGCGACAAGUGAGCCAAACUCCAGGUACUUAUUCGGCACAGCAAGCUCAAUUCAACCACUUUCUAGUCUCCGCUCUAGCCGUCCUCUUCCUUGCUGUCUGCCACGCUCCAUACCAAUUCAGCAACAUGUGCCGUGAAGAAUUUGUAGUGGCACUUGAGCUCAUUCAGGGGUUCUCUUCGGAGUCUCAUAUGGGGAGGCGGCUCUGGCAACGGGUCCAGCACCUCAAGGAAGUUGGGCUGAGUCUAGGUCUCAUGGCGAACAAGGCCCAGACAGUGGGCAUGCGGGAUGGGGCUCUGAACAGCACAGAUGGCAAUCUCCCGUUUUUGGACUUCCCAUCGAUGGAGCGGGAUCAGCAACCCGAAAUACAACGACCAGCCGUCAGCUCCGAAAUUGGGCCGCCUCUCACGGACGAGACGAUUGAUCCAUACCAGCUCACUAAUGACUUGACGGCCAUGUUCGAUACAAUGCAGCCAUCUUACAAAUGGCCUACAGCUGGCGAGGUCGCGUCGGAUCCCGCGGAUAACUAUCAGCACGCCAUGAACCGGGAGAUAUCGAGAGAUUUUCUGGAUUUCUUCUAG